AUGGGUGCCACAGGGAAUUUCAAAAUCACCCUUCCGAUUUCCGAGGAACCGGAAAGUCCUCCAAGCGAAGAAACUCAACUAAUUACUGCAUCAUGUGCGCAAUUUCCAGGAUCCUUUGCUCCAGAUUUAAGGAAAGAUAAACGAAGAGUAUCAAAACGUAGUGGUGUCAAUGAUCGAGUUUAUAUUUUCUUCACGGAUGGCUGGGGUGAUGUAACGAUUUGGAAAAGUGCUUUUAUAGAAUUCGUGGGAACAACAUGCCUAUGCUAUCUGUCUGCCUUUAUCAGUAUUGCAAUUCGAAAUUCUGAUACUACACAAAUUGCGGUGUAUGUUGGUGUUACCAAUAUUUUUUUUUUGACACUAUUCAUAUGUGCGCUCGCUCCAGCUUCUGGUGGUCAUAUGAAUCCGAUCAUCACUUUUGCGACGGUCAUUACUGGACUUACCGGAUUUCCAAGAGGCAUGUUAUAUAUGAUAGGACAGACCACCGGAGCAGCACUUGCGGGUGGCUUGAUCAGAGGAAGCUUAGGAGAGCAGAGAACUUUAAUAUACAAUGGAGGAGGAUGUUUCCUUGAAACAACAAGCGUCAGUGAAGGACAGGCUUACCUGAUCGAGUCAAUCUUGUCAUGUAUCAUGCUGAUUUUAUCGUUUGGUACUGCUCUUGAUCCCCGACAGGCACAACUCUUUGGGCCACGCCUAGGUCCAUUCAUGGUUGGUUGUACAUUAGGCCUUGUGUCAUUUUCUAGUAUUAAUAUUGCACCUGGAUACCCGGGAGCGGGAUUGAAUCCAGCGAGAUGCUUUGCCUUUGCAGUUGCGAGAGGUAACUUUGCUUAUCAAUGGAUUUGGUGGUUCGGUCCGGUCACUGGAGCUAUGAUCCAAAGCUCGGUUUAUCAUUUUGCCCCACCAUAUCAUAGGGAAAGGGUAGAUAGAAAGCGUUCAACAUGA